AUUCAUGACAACAUGGAAAUUUACAAGAAAGCGUAUCAUAUAAUUGAUGUAUAUUUCGCGGAAGAUGAAGAGGAAGAGGAUAGAACCCUAGCUCCUGAAGUAGAUAUGACUUCUAAUCAAUUUGUUUUUCAAUCAGAUUUCAAUUUACCACAAACUGGGUUUCACUUUGGUAGCG